GCUUCAGUUCGUCCACAGCUCAGCAGACAAACUCCAGUCUGCACUUACAACUGCUGUACAACUAUUUGCUCCUGCGCUGAUUGUUGUCCACUCUAAUUUGCUCCUGAAGAGACCAAUUUUUUUUCUCCUGCCUGAGGAAGUCUGGAGCUCUGGACCUCGGUCACCACAAUGGAGUCAGCUAUGUCCAAUCAUUCAUUGGCCUGUGCUUCGGUGGAGACGACAGCUGAGAACACUUUAUUUGGAUGCUUCUACAUCAUGAUUUUCUUCCUGGCGCUGAACGGUAACAGCUUGGCCCUGUGGAUCUUCUGUCAUCAGCGUGGCGCUCCCUCUCCAGCUAAUGUCUUCUUGAUGCACCUGGCUGUGGCAGACUUGUCCUACGUGAUCAUCCUCCCACUGAGGGCCACCUACCACCUCACUGGGGGCCACUGGCCCUUUGGCGAGGUGCCCUGCAGAGUGGUUGGCUUUUUGUUUUACGUAAACAUGUAUGCUAGCCUGUACUUUCUGGCCUGUGUGGCUGCCGACCGCUACCUGGCUGUGGUCCAUGCUGUGAGGUCGCUGAAGGUUCGUCGUGCUCGCUACGCUCACAUCAUCAGCUUCUCUCUCUGGGCCCUGGUCACUGUCUCCAUGUUGCCAUUGCUCGUCACCAACCAGACACGAGAGGUGGAUGGUGUGACGGUGUGUCAGCAGCUGUACAGAGAGAAUGCUUCUCGUAAGGCGCUUAUCUCACUGGCUGUGGCCUUCACCCCACCUUUCUUCGUCAUCCUGUCCUGCUACCUGCUCAUCAUUCACAGCCUGCAUCAGGGCUCCAGGUUAGAGCCAGCAAUCAAGCUGAGGGCCCUGCGGACCAUCAGUGUGGUAAUCCUCAUCUAUGUGGUAUGUUUCCUGCCAUAUCAUGUGAGCAGGGCCUCCUUCAUCCUGGGGUACGGACACGUUGACACGUCCUGUCAGACACGCAGGGGCCUGAUGUUGGCCAACCGCCUCACCUCAUGCCUCACGUGUCUGAACGGUGCUAUGGACCCACUGGUGUACGUGUUUGGGGCCAAGAAGUUCCGCGGGACUCUAAAACAAAUGUUUUGCAAAGACAGGUCAGGAGUGUCAGGAGCCACCAGUGGAGAUUUAAAAGGAACACAUGAGAGCUCUGUGAGCGCCAAGUCAGAGUUCUGAGGGAUUUGAUCCGGAGCACUGUGUGGACUCAAUGCUUUUCCAACACAACCAAAAUUGGUCUGACUGUGGACUGACUGUUGCCUUCGCCUAAAAGAAGGCUGCGGCUUAUUCUGAAAUGCAGUUGAUGUAACACAGUUGCCUCUAUAGCCUGAAUUUAAAACCUUGUUCCAGUGUCCACCCUGUGCCCAUUUUACAGAACCAUUACAAAUUGUAUCUGAAGUAAUCUGUGUAAAUGCAGGAAGGGGGACAAGUCAUCACAAUAUGGGGAUUGAGACAGAGAUUUGUGAAAUCUAUUUAAACAUAACUCGACAUAGUCAUUGGCCAGUAGAGUGUUUAUCAUAUUUCAUAUUCAUGGAUCCCAUUUUGUGGAAUGUGGGAAUCCCGUGUCUUACUACACCAUAAGACAAAUAAGUGCAAACAAGUUGUUUAUACUGUGUGAAUACUGUUUGUUUAUACUUGGUAUUUUUUCCAGCUCAUUCUGUGUUUUGUUGUGCCUCCAAAAUCCCACUCUUAUUUCUGUUUGAUUUUUGAAAAGUGUUAGUCAUAUGAUAUGAUAGCCCUGAACCUUCAUGCAUCAUAGUCUGUGAGUAUGAAGCUGGAUGCUGGAAAUCGGCUUAAACAUCAUUCUGCUGAUUCUGCUUUUGCUACCCAGCGCUGUCUUCCAUCAACAGAGUAGUAAGUCCAAAAUAUAAAGCCAAAGUUUAUCCCAGAUAGGAGGAAAAGAAAGUAAUACUAUACUAAAAUACUAAGUAUGUACAUAGUAAACUUUUACUGCGUUUUUCAAUUGUUUAAUCCAUUACCCACACACGUUAAUGUUUCUUAUCUUUAGUAUUUGUCAGUCAGUCCAACAUUAAAGUCAAGCUGUAAUUAUCUCCCAACCUUUAUAUAGAUUGUUGUUAAAAGACAUCCAUGAUGUAUCAGAGGAUUAUCACCAGUGCUUUGAUUUGGGACCCAGUGAAAAGUUGUUCAGUACCAAAUAGCAAAUGUUAGCGUGAUAAUGUUCCAAACUAAGACACAGCACAUUGUAAACAUUAUACCCUGAUAAACAUAAGAAUGUUAGCUUCAGUGUUUCCCCGUUAAUUACCUAGACAGUGGUGACCUGCUAUAUUCUUAUUAAUCCUGCCACAGUUUCAUAAUGAACCCAAAAAUAUUUAAAUUGUCAUAAUAAUACAAGAGAUCUCAUACUUUGUGUUUUACUCCAUUGUUGUAUUGUAUAGCUGCAGAAAUAGUUCAGCACUAUUUGCCAUGUGCUCAAGCUAUCAGUCAUUAUGUAUUUACCAUACCUACUGUCAGACUUUCAGCUAAAGUUGUGGCGUACACUUAAUUACUCUAUUACAAACUUAUAUUUCGUUCUUUAGUCUGUGCACCUGUGACCUUUGUUCGUGUGCGUGAGCAACCCUGUUUCCGUCAAGGAUUUAAUUAGUUCUGUGCAAAACCCAGGUACGGUAUUAAUAUUGGUAUUAAAAUUAGGUGUGGUCGGGUGUAUUACAAUCUCAAGGCCAUUGGACACAACAUAAACAGGAAGUCAAAGUUAUUUAAAGGGUGCAUCAUUAAGAUGGUAAUAUACGACCUGGCACAUAUACUUUUCUUGUGACACACUUUCACUUUGUAUUCAAGUAGAUCUCUUUUCUCCGAAGCACUUGCUCUUCCUAUCUGGCGAAAUAAAGACAAUGGGAGAUGUCACGCUCAUUGUUUUAUUGCAUGUUAUGCCUCCAACAAACCCAUGAUUAUUUUAUUAAAAGAAUGAAAACCUUUUAUAAACCAUGGUUUUAGGUGCAGCAGCCUCUAUUCCACUGUUAAACUAGAAAAAGAGGAUUCGGAAUGAAGACAUUUGUACACCAUAUGCGCUUAUAACAAUAGAGCCCUUAGUCUUGUUUAAAUAUAAGAAGUAUUUUAAAAACAAAUUACAAAUGUAUGUAUAUAUAUAUAUAUAUAUAUUUUCCAUUGUUGUUUACAUUGCUGGAAGACCCCAGUGGCAUGUUAACCUUGUUCUGCUUGACAAAUCUUAAUUGUACAUAUAUUCUCCAUUAUCCUGCUUCCUAACUGUUAUAUGCAUUAUGGUCUUGCCCUUGUUACACUGUGAUAUCAUAAUGUUGCAUGACAAAUAAUACUCCCUAUUUUACUGUGAGUCAGUUUAUUCAUCAUCGAGACAGAAAUAUAAUUCAUGCAAUGUCAUUGCUAUUACAAAAUCAUGCCGCAGAGGAAAAACUACCGUGCAACUCUCGCUGCAGGAGUGAUCCAAAAGUUUACUUCUAUGACCAUAACUGACUCAUUUUCUUUUUUUGUAUCAAUAAUGUGUUUUUCAAUGCUGUAAUAUGCUGCAAUGUUUUUAUAAAGUGCUUUUACAUAAAAAAUUAUGCGAACUCCACCCAACAGCUGUCAUGUCCUGAAAGCAAAAGUGUAAAUUCACGUCUGUUCUUUUGUCCGAUGUCACGACAUGUCUGCGACUUGCUCUCUGUGAAAGUG